UGAAACCAGUUAUUAGACCCAAAAUUCCAGUUAUCUUACCCGCCUAGGUACGAGAUAAUUAAUCCCCUAAACUUUGACGAUCCUCAUUAAUUAGUCCCAGAACAUUCCGGAAAGCGUGAUAAAACAAGUUGCUGGAUAUUGCCAAAUUUUGCAACCCAAAUUUGACGUCGAACAAAUAAUUCACUGAUUAUCUUUAUUCUUUACGUCGCGGUUGCCCAAAUUUCUCAUCGGAUUCGAAGUUUUGAACGCAUAAACAAUGGAGAAUUAUGGCUCAGAAUCUUCAAAAGGAAAGAAACGACGGCGAGAGGAAGAAAGCGCAGCUGAAAGCAGCGAUUUUGAUCAAAUUCUGUCUCUCGGUCGAGAAAAGUCUAACUUUUAGCGAUACUAUGGUGGCGCUUCGGAUAAUGCGAGCUCAAUUUCCUCAAAUUGACAAGGUUUCGAUUCAACCAUUCAUUUUGCAGUCGCAACUGUAUAGCAGUGUAAAGGACAGGACCCGGGUGGAUAGGGAUUUAGAGUCUCUGAAAAGGGAGAAAGUACUGCGGAUUUUCAAGUUGAAUACUGGACAAGAUGAUCAUGCAAUAAUGUUUUCAGAGGACUAUUCAAGCCAGAUAGAACGUGUCAAGAAAAGAUCGCAAGAGAAGAAGCUUGGCAACCUUGAAGUUUUUGAGUGGUUUAAAACACACGUCAUUGAUUUCAAGUUGGAGCCUAGCAUUGAACAUCAUGAACUUUGGACACUUUUAUCACUUGGAGGAAAGGUGAAGGAUGAGCAUAUCUCCCUUCUAAUAAAUGCUGGGCUUCUUACUCGGCAACUUAUUGAUCCAAACAUGUACUGGUUCACGAUUCCAAAUAUUGGGUCAAUACUCAAAGGCAUCUCUCAGGGAAGAAAGGAAGUUCUUUCUCUUCUAAACCGCAGGAGAUACAAAGAAAUGAUGCUGGCUUCGUUGGAAAAGAAACAUCUUCGAUUAUCUUCACUUGAUAUGAGAUUUCAUUUGCGUGAUCUGAUUGGUUCAGGUCACCUGAAAAUUGUUCAGACACCAACUGGUUUAGUUGUUCAAGUCUCAAAAGACUGAAUUUCUAGGAGGACACUUCUAGUCAGAUUUAUCUAAUCAUAGAUGUACUUUCUCUCAUUUGUCUAGUUUAUCGUUAUCACCCUUUUAUGCUCUACCUGAAGUUUCUAUCACAUAUCCCUUGGCAGAUUUUCUGAAAGCUAGCUAAGGAAGAGAAAAUAGAGAUUUCGUUCAACUUGACAUAAAAGAAUACAAGAUGACGCGAAUGUCAUCUGUUCUUGAUUUUGUAUUAUUCAUAUGUUUAUUAAACUAUUUAUCAAGUUUUUCAGUGUACAAUUAUGAUAUUUACUGUGUUACACAACCAAAAAAAGAAAAAGAAAGCAAAGAAAAACGAGA